CAGGCUGUAGAGAUGGAGGUGCUUUUGAAAGAGCUUGUUUCGUCUUCAAGGCUUUUGAGUGAUUUUAAAGAGAUGUAUGACUAUGAAAACCGUUUAAAAACCUUCACCAAUUGGCCUUUUGUAAAGAACUGCAAGUGCACUCCAGAGAAUAUGGCAAAGGCGGGCUUUAUCCACUGUCAAAAUGCAAAUGAACCAGAUGUGGCAAAAUGUUUCUUUUGCUUGAUAGAACUGGAGGGCUGGGAACCAAAUGAUGACCCAUGGGAGGAACAUGCCAAACGUCGCAGCUGUGGCUUUCUAUCUCUUACUAAGCGGUUUGAUGACCUGACAAUGGAGGAGUACUACAUGCUAGAGAUGACACGGCUAAGAACCUUCCUUUGCAAAACUGGCAGAAGCAUAAUAAACUCCUUUGAAGAAGAAGUUGCCGCAACUAGGAAGCGUCUUGUGGAUAACUUUGUCUCCAAACAUCAAUAUACGCCACAGCUGCCAGUGCCUCUCCAAGCUGAUCCAACUUGCCAGCCUUCUGAAAGUUCAUACUACCAGUCCAAACAAGUCCAGAAGUAAAGUGUAAUGUCUGACUCUGACAUUUUUUAUCUUCUUUAUACAGUAAAAAUAUUUUUAUUCUUAUUUAAAUACUAAUAUUAAGCUGAACAGUUGUGUGAGGAAGUGUAGAGAAAUUUUUAGUAGACUCUCUAGACCAGAAGUCAUAAUUGUUUAUACUCCCGUCUUUCACAAAAUGCUUUGUCAGGGCUAGGCAUGGGCUAAUACUAGUCCCAAAAACCUGUGAAUAUAUGAAAAAUAUAUAAGCAAAUACUUGUAUCUUGGUUUUAGUAGGCUGAUUUUUCUUGAAUAAAGAUGAAUAAUGGUGAGCACCUGUUGCGAUCUAUGCCAUAUUCAAGCCUUUGAGCUAGACAGUCCAAACAGUGCAGCAUAAAAAUACUUUCCAAAGAACAAAAUGGUCUUGGGUGUCUGCAGUAUUUACUACUUAAGUGUCUAUGCUACUGUUAAAUUAUCUUCCUAGAACAGUCUAAUUGACUAUAGAUAGUGACAUUAAAAAAUCAUGCAAGCCAAAUUGUCAGACAUAUUAAAAAAGCAAAGUCUCUAGGCUUGUAAGACAACCUUGAACUGGAAAUGCUCAGAUUUUGGUGUACACACUGAAAUUUAACAAAAGCUGAAGGCUUAUCCUUCUGUAUUAAGAAGUCUGUUCAUUGCGCUUUCAAUUUUCUGGGAGGGGAUGUGGCUGGUCCAGACUAACCAGAGGUAUAUUCCAUGCUGUAUUGUCAUGUUCAACCAUAAAAGUUAGAGUAAAGAAGGAGGAGAGGGUAUGUUUGAAAUGAUGGCAUUUGAUUUCUACCUGGUAAACAGACUACUUCAGCAUGAGCUUUCACAGUCUUACCCUUCCAGUUCUCUCCCCUAUCCCAUAGUGAGUACUGAGCAAGUGGUUGCAUAGUGCUUAGCUACCUGCUGGUGCUAAACCACUGCAACUCGGUUGAAAUACAUACUUGCACAUUCUUUUGGUUUCUAAAACACACAUGGAUUUCUUUUCAAUAAGAUGGCAGCCUUG